AGAGAGGGUGACGUCGCAGACAUCCAGGAAGAGAGUCACACAGAAAGUCAUCAACGUUUGGACAACGUGAGUUUGUUCGAGUUGUUUGAGCUUUUUCUACUCAGUUGUUUUGUCCUAUAAAGUAAAUCACCAGUCGGAAAAUAAUAACAGGCUUCAUCACAACAAGGACAAAACUACAUUCAAAGAGUCAGUGCUGUUGCCAUGGCUCUGAACAGAUCCAUGCAUCCCAGGAACCGGUACAAAGACAAACCUCCGGACUUUGCUUAUCUGGCCUCCAAGUAUCCAGACUUCCAGCAGCAUGUUCACACCAGCCUCACCGGACGACCUGUUGUGAAUUUCAAAGAGCCGGAGGCGGUGCGAGCGCUGACCUGCACCCUGCUGAAGGAGGACUUUGGUUUGACCAUCGAGAUCCCUCUGGAACGCCUCAUACCCACCGUCCCCCUCCGCCUCAACUACAUCCACUGGGUGGAGGACCUCAUCGACGGCCAGAAGCAGCUACGCAGGGGCAUCGACAUCGGCACUGGUGCGUCUUGUAUCUACCCCUUACUGGGAGCCACAAUGAACGGCUGGUACUUUCUGGCCACAGAGGUGGACGACAUCUGUUUUGACUACGCUACGAAAAACGUGGAGCAGAACAAGAUGUCUGACCUGAUUAAAGUUGUCAAAGUCCCCCAGAAGACUUUACUGAUGGACGCCUUGAAAGAAGAGACAGAAAUAGUUUACGACUUCUGCAUGUGCAACCCUCCUUUUUUUGCCAACCAGCUUGAAGCAAAGGGGGUAAACUCCAGGAACUCACGGCGACCUCCUCCCAGUUCAGUGAACACAGGCGGGGUGACGGAGAUCAUGGCGGAGGGCGGGGAACUGGAGUUUGUCAAGAGGAUCAUUCAUGACAGCCUGCAGCUCAAGAAACGCUUGCGGUGGUACAGCUGCAUGUUGGGGAAGAAGUGUAGCCUGGCACCUUUGAAAGAGGAGCUGAGGAAGCAAGGGGUACCCAAAGUGACGCACACAGAGUUCUGCCAGGGACGGACGAUGCGUUGGGCGCUGGCCUGGAGUUUCUAUGAUGAUGUGAUUGUCCCGUCUCCUCCCAGUAAGAAGCGUAAACUGGAGAAGACGAGGAAGCCCCUGUCGUUCACUGUACCAGAGGCGGGACUGAAGGAGCUGCAGGCCAAAGCCUCAGCUUUAGGCGUUACUGCCCGCGGCCCUGUGGACAGCAUCACUGCACUGCUGGAGAAAACACUCACCGACCUGCGGGUGCUACACAAACGUGUCCCAUGCAGAGAGCAGGAGCAGAGCCUCUCUCUAACAGCUGUGGAGAACACCUGGAUCCACGGACGACAGAAGCGACGCGAAGGGUCGCGUCAGUUGCGAGAGCUUCCCAGGGCGCCGCACUGCACUGGAACCAGCUCUCAAACCACUCUGGCCACAGUUGCUCCGGCCACAGCCCCAGCAUCUCAAAACCAGUCUGCCUCCAAACAAAACAUCAACAGCCUGGGUGAUGGCGCUAAAAGCAAAACUACCUCUGCACAAGAGCAAGCUGGUCAGAAGCAGCCCGCAGAGCAGGUUGAAAAUGGCGCCUCUUCCAAUGAGACAAGUAAAGAUGUAACACAGAACCCACCUGCAGAAGAGAAAGAGGUCUUAGAAAAAGUAUCAGGUGAAGAUGUGGACAUGGAGUCUUCUACCUGCUCAGACGCAGGGCAGGAAACAUGUCCACAGGAAGCAGCAGCUGCUGCAGAGAGUGAACCGCCCUCUAAGCGACCCCCGAGUCCCGCUGCAGUCGAACACUUCCUGUUUAAGUGUCUGCUGAAUGUGAUGCUUGAGGAUAGCGACGUAAUGAUUGAGAUGCACUGGGUCGAGGGUCAGAACAAAGAUCUGAUGAACCAACUGUGCACGUACCUGAAGAAUAUCCUUUUGAGGUCUGUCGCAAAGCCAUAAAUGAUCCAAAAUAUUACCUUUUAGUUUUGAUUAUUGAAUUCACAGGGAUUUCUGGAGGUUUUUAAUCCAGUAGAUAAUCAGUAGUUCACGUCAUCUAAUUUUCUUGUACUUGUUUAGUUUGCUUUUUAAGGUAGUGCAUACUGUGUAUUGGUGUUUGGUCAAAACAUUUCCAAUAAAUGUUCUUUUUUAUAACAUG